AUGGACGCGCUACAGAGCUUCGUCCUUCUCAACGACAAUGUGCCCUCAUGGCUCACAAAGCUUGAUGACCUCACUGUCAGUGUUGCAGCGCACAAUGCUCGCUUCUUAGAAAUGGCCCGUUACGGCAGCAGACUGCUGAAGAAAAAGAACCUUUCCACCGAAUCCCUCCGCGAAGGUCCAGUCCAUUGCUACACCAUUGAAGGAGAGACUGCCGCCAAAGCUACAGACAUCUACGUGCCGCCAAAUCCUUCACACCAAUGCCUCUCCCAUGCAUCUCGUGCCAGAAAUGUCCCCAACAAUAGCGUCCUCGUGCGAAAGCGGAAAGGUUCCAACGCAUCAGUUCUUUCAGGCCAACCCCGAUACCGCACGAAAAGCAUGGUGGUCGUUUAUUAUGACUCGGCCGUUCAAGAAUCCUUCGAAUUCCUCUUCCGCAGCAUUGCCGGCGCGCGCAACAACCUUCGCAAAGGCAAGACGUCUGCCAGCUUUAAAGCGCGCAUGGCGUCACUAGUCACGGAGGAGAGUGCAUACCCUGCCGUUGGAGAAUUUUACAGGCCAAAUCCCAAGAUGAUGAAAGCCGGCCUCGGACGUAGGACCCUUGGCCCAGACUUCGGUGCCGACGACAAGCUGUCAACCUUUGACGAAGCAGACAAAUAUCUCGAGAUCACUCAAAGUUUGUGUGAAGUGGCUGCACAUCAGUUCCUACGGGACGGAGAUUGUCGACUCGAGAUUGAGGGCAUGAGGAAGAAGUUUGAGAACUGUCGAGCAAUAGCGGAAAAAGAAGUGGAGAGGUUGAAAGAGGAGGAAGCACGAGAACAAGAAGAGAAGGAGGUUGUAGCCGAGCUAAUCCAGGAAGAGCAGCUGCCAGUGGUGAAAUAUGUCGAGGCCAAAGUGAACCCUCCACCACCGCUGAAGGGGAUCACCUUCACAGGGACAGGUGUGAUUGAAAUCGACGAUGGAUCCGAUGCGGAGUCUAUGCACAUCGAUUUAUCCGCUUUCAGGACGCGGACAAGAAGGCUAUAA